UGUUCAUUAAUGAAACAAAUUUCGUGUAAUUUGUUUUUUAGAUGGACAUUGCCAAUCGCAACGUUCUGACUGACGAACGAAACACCAUCAUCGGUAACGCCGAAGUGUUGCGAGUUGCUGUGUCACCCACAGGUGAGUGUUUAGCAACACUGGAAGUUUGGUCGAACAUGUCAGCAGGCUAUCAUGACAUGAACUUAAAGUUUUGGCGAUACGACGCUGUGCAAGCCAACUACGAACUCAACACGGACGUAACUAUGCCACACCACGAUCGGAUCACCUCCCUGGCCUUCCAACCGGGACUACUGGGCACAGAGUACCCUUGCCUCGUAUCUAUCGGCCGCGAUCUUAAAUUCAAAAUUUGACGGUUAGUCCACGACACGGACAUUUACCGUCAGAAGUAAUCGUGGACUUGCGACGUUGCAGGAGACUUCCGUAAAAUGAUGCCAACCGCUGCAUCCUUUUCGGAAGACGGCUCGUUACUGGCCAUUGCUUUUCAAGACACUGUUACUUCAUGGGAUCCAAUGACCAUCAACCUCAACACGACUUUAAGCCAUAACCUUAUUGAAGGUAGAAGCUGAUGGAAUUCGGAAGAGAUCAAUGCUUUCGGUAUCUCGUUUGUGCUUCAAAAUCAUCCCUCUUUGCAUGGGAUGUAAUUAGUAAAGGACUAGUUUGGAAAGUCGGGAAAUUACGUAGCCCUAUCAGGUGUUUGGUGCCUGAUCCCAAGUCCAGCUUUAUGGCAGUGGUCUUGCAAAACAGUGAAGUGUUCGUGUUCGCACCUUCGAGUUCGAAACCGGUACAUACUAUAACGAACGUGAAGAGUUCAGAACCUAUUGCGGCUCUUUUUGUUCCCCGACCGAAUCCUCUGGCAAACAGUCCAGAAUGGCUAGUAAAUUCACGGCUUUUGAUUGUUGAUGAUCAACAAGAAUUUUACAGUGUGGAUGACAAUUCCGUCUGUGGUUUUGACGAGAAGUUGACAACCCCAAUUUCUCACAUUGACAGUUUACCUUGGACUCCUUUCUCAGCCAUCAAAGCACAGAAACAGAUCUCGGCAGCUAAGCAGAUAGUUCCGGUCAUCCAUCAAACUAACGGCAUCAAGGGAUAUAAAUCAGUUCAAUCGCUGUUGGAGACGUCAACUUCCACCUUACCUCCAAUGUCUAGAAUUUGCAAUUCCUUCAUGAUUGACCUCAUGAUUAAGCAUGACCCCAAAUUGAUGACCGUGAAAGCUGACUCCGAGAAUGGUGCAACGAAUGACUUGCCUACGCUCAUGAACGGGCAUAUCGAGUCAAAGAUGCCGGCAUUGAAGGAAGAAGCGACUCAACAAAAAUUAUUGACAUUGGAUUGCCAAUGGAUAACUAAGAACUGAAAUAAUUUGACACAUUGUAAAACUGUCUCUUGGCUUUCUUUGUUUUUGAUAUAUGCAAUCCGCCAAUUACGCCUUUA